CGUCCUUUUGGCGUGGAAGUUUUCCGUUUUCCGGCAGUUUUAGGGCUGCUGCCGCUGUCUCGGGUACGACGGGCUGCGUGUGUCACCUGCAGUCUUACCUUCUUGCUUCCGUGACUUUUCUAGUGUUUGACGUUCUGGUCCAACACUAGGGUUCUGGACUUUUUUUUUCGGCUUUACUAAAAUCCUCUGGAUGUGUGUCUUCUCCCAUGAAGCUUGAUAGUGAAGUUAACCCAGGUUGUUGAUGGAGUUCUGUCAGGGAAGCGGCCAUUACUGCCACGCUCAACAUCUCGGUGCCCGGCUCUGAGGACGAUGUUCUGUCCUCCUGCCCUGCCCUGACACCUCCCGAGUCUCAAGGAGAAAGACAAGGCCAUCCAGCUGCUUCCUGGCGUUCCAGCGGAGCGACGUCCCAAAGCACACCCAUGGGUUAAGGUGCCUUCGGAACUGGGCCAGCGAACGCCAGCUGAGUGCUUCCGUUGCUCAGGACGGAUUUGGAGGGCUCUCUCUGUGGCAAGCACUGGGCUUCUUUUUGUUUUUUUUGUUUUUUUGAUUAUUAAUUAUUAUCUGGGGACCUCUGAGAUCUGGCCCCUCUUCUCUGGGAGUGGGCGCUGACAUCGUCAUGGCCAGGAUGAACCGGCCCGCGCCAGUAGAGGUCUGCUACAAGAACAUGCGCUUCCUGAUCACGCACAACCCCACUAAUGCCACCCUCAGCACCUUUAUUGAGGAUCUGAAGAAGUAUGGAGCAACGACCGUGGUUCGAGUGUGUGAGGUUACGUAUGAUAAAACACCGCUGGAGCGGGAUGGCAUCACAGUCAUGGACUGGCCCUUUGAUGAUGGAGCCCCACCCCCCACCAAGAUUGUGGACGACUGGCUGGACCUGCUCAGGAGCAAAUUCUGCGAGGAUCCAGGCUGCUGUGUGGCCGUCCACUGUGUAGCCGGCCUGGGCCGGGCUCCCGUCUUGGUGGCAUUGGCCUUGAUUGAAAGUGGAAUGAAAUAUGAGGAUGCCAUACAGUUCAUCAGGCAGAAGCGCAGGGGGGCAAUUAACAGCAAGCAACUGACCUAUCUGGAGAAGUACCGACCCAAGCAGAGACUGCGUUUCAAGGAUCCUCACAACCACAAGGCCAAGUGCUGUGUCAUGUGACUCUAGGCCCUCACCCUCCACUCACAUGGCUAAUGGACACGGACGACGCCCUAUAAGUCUGAAGCAUUUUGAAGUUCGAUGUCGUCUUUGGCCGCAUCUUAAGCUCAGGGCUGUCAGAGCCGGGCCUCCCCAAAUUUGUCGGCAAAUUUCUUGGCAGGAGAAAGACGGAGGACGACACCAAAAUGGACUGUGAGCAUCUGGAUGCCAACACUGUAGCUCACUGGCCCUGACACACAACCCCCCUCCCCCACAUCACCAGCAUCUUCCUAUUCUGUGCUCCACUGCAGAUGAUCACACCUUCUAACCCAGAGGGGUUUCCUUAAAGCCAUGUCCGCAUGGACAUGAAGUUAUUUGUAAAAUAUAUUUCAGUCUGUCCUGUUCCUCCUGCUCAGGGCCGUGUGCAGCUCAGUCAUAUUUAACUUGCCAUCAUGAUUUCUUGCCACUUCAUCUCUCAUUCUCUCCGAUAUCACCCUGAUCCUCCCUCGCUUGUGGAGGGACAGGUGUGUGUUUGGAGGAGCCUGUGUUUUUAAAGCAGAAAUUUUAUUUUUUACAAGAGUAAUAUAAACUUCUCUGGGAUUGGUGCGUUUUGCCUGUAGCUGCUCACUUUCUCUCACUUCAUCACAUGACUUCAGCUGAAGGAGGCUGUACGCCGAACAGGAACUCUCCUCUAGACCGAUGACACGGCAUGUCAGUCCACCUGGGUUUUACACCUGGUCACCCUAAUGUCGUCCAGUUCCUGUUCUAGUCCUCAGUUUGGGUAAUCGUUAACUAUGGCCAGGGAUGCUGGGCUCCAGGUAUACCGUGAGUUUUUUUUUCUGCCUUGAAAGUAAGCCACUUCAGAUUAUUAAUUGUUAAAGAAGUAAUAAAGUACAUGUUGAAAAGCA